GGUGUGCACGCUCACCACUAUGACCAAAUAUGGGCUUUCCCCUGUGCCUUAUUUGGGAAUGUACGUCACGCUGCAGGAGUCUUUAUAAAGCCGGGAAAUCCUCAGUGAAGGAACUGACAGACUCAAGUUCAACACAUGAAAACAAACACAAAUAAGACUUUUACAUUUCUCCACGCGGGACUCCAGCGUUGGCUUCCUCCGAGCGCCGCUUCCCCCAGAAGCAGCAUCCCGGGCAGAGCGCCUCUCCGCCGGGUUCAGCAGCACAGGCAAGCCCCGCUGCUCCGGAGCUCCAGGAGCGGCCGCAGAGCUACACUCCCGGCCGCCUCUCCUCACUCUUCCCACGGCUCCAGAGAGAAGAUGGCAGCCACCAAAGCGGAGCUGCUGCAGAUCUCCGAGCCUCUGGUCGGCCUCCCGUCGCCCCUCUCCCCGCUGGACGGGUACUACUCGAAGCUGGAGGAGCUGCACAUGCUUCUGCAGAACGCAGCCGCGGGAGGCUCGCUGCUGGCGGCGUCGGCAGCCGAGGGAGCCGCGCUGCUGAGCGGGGACCCUGGGCAGUACGGAGACUCUCUGUCGGACCUGGAGCUGCAGAGCCUCACCCCCCGCCUCCCCACUCUGGCGUACAGCGGCCGCUUCACCUUCGAGCCCGCCGGCAGCAGCAGCCUGUGGGCGGAGCCUCUGUUCAGCCUGUUCACGGGGCUGGUGAGCGUGGCUCCUCCCCCCUCCUCUUCAUCAUCGCUGUCACAGCCAAUCAGCUGUGGCGCUGAAGACGUCACCUCAGUCUUCUCUGCGGCACCCACGUACACCUCCGUCGCCGGCUCCGACCUCCCCCCCCCGGCUGAGUCGCAGGCCUUCCCGCUGCAUGUCCCGCCGCCCGCCUACCCUGCCUCCAGGUUUGGUGUGCAGAUGCUCCCGGACUACCUCCUUUCGCCGCAGGACGGCGAGCUCGGCCUUCAGACGCAGAAGCUGGUGAACCCGCCGUUCACGCCGCUCUCCACCAUCAGAGCCUUCUCCUCACAGAUGCAGCUCGCCAAACCCAGCCGGAUCAGGAAGUGCGCCGCCGGCCGGCAGUGCAAGACGCCGCCGCACGAGCGUCCGUACGCCUGCCCCGCUGACGGCUGCGACCGCCGCUUCUCCCGCUCCGACGAGCUGACUCGCCACGUCCGCGUGCACACAGGCCAGAGGCCAUUCCAGUGCCGCAUCUGCAUGCGCAGCUUCAGCCGCAGCGACCACCUGACCACGCACAUCCGCACGCACACCGGCGAGAAGCCGUUCCCCUGCGCCGAGUGCGGACGGAAGUUCGCCCGCAGCGACGAGCGCAAGAGGCACGGCAAGAUCCACCAGAGACAGCGGGACCGCAAGGCCGACAGGAGCCCCUCCUCCUCCGCUGCCCUCGCCACGCCCCCCGCCUCCUCCCCCUGCUCCUCCUACUCCUCCCCCGCUCACAGCUCUGCCUCCCCCUCGCUCUUUCCCUCCUCCUGCUUCACCUCCUCCUCGUCGCCCCAGCUCUACUCCUCCUCCUGCUCCUCUCCCAUGGGGAGUCCUCAGCCGGGCUCCAACGUCUGCUGACAGACAGGAAGUCCACCUGACCGUCGUGACCUUUGACCUCAGACUGAAACUUCAACGAAAAACUUAAAGUUUUUAUUUUUGUGUUCGUUGAGUGGUGACGGGGUCAAAGGUCGCUGUGUUUCUGUGACCUCCUGUUUCUGCACAACAAACGUGUGGACCAGUUUUACAGACGCCGUACUCGAUGUUAGAAGUUAAACCUUCACAAAAACUCUCAGGACCAAACUUCAUGGACAAAACGGCAGAUUUUAGGAGACUUCCCUGAAUGUAAAGAGACUUUGACUUGUGUAAAUAAGUGUGUACAUAAUGUUUACAUAGUGCACGUACAUGCACAUAUCUUUUUACCUACUGAGUAGGACGUUUGUAUGUCAACAGAUUUUAUACUCCGUGUGCUUCCUUUUGAAAGCUUCAAGAAUAAAAUGUGGAAAAUA